AGCCCGAGCUCUCUGUUGUGCUCUUUAGCCGCACCGGCUGGCGGAACCCUGUCCGUCCCUCCUUAAGCUAGGAUGGUGUUUAAGUCCUCGCCCGCCUGUUGGGCUGUCGCUGUGCUUAGCACUGGCGUGGAUGCUCCCUUCACCUGGCCUUUGGAGACUCAGUUGCGUUUUAAUGGCGGCGGCAGCGGCUGGGUGAGCAGCCCGAGACUGUGCAGUACCCCUCGGGGCAGGAGGGGAUCGCCUUCCUCCUCCGGCACCACCUCUGCACUGGUAGCGGUGCUUUUUCCCUUGUUACCCCUCCACUCCUGAAGAGAGAAAAAGAUGCCACUGCCAUUUGGAUUAAAACUCAAACGUACCCGGCGCUACACGGUGUCCAGCAAGAGCUGCCUGGUUGCCCGGAUCCAGCUGCUCAAUAACGAGUUUGUGGAGUUCACACUGUCAGUGGAGAGCACUGGUCAGGAGAGCCUGGAGGCGGUGGCCCAGAGGCUGGAGCUGCGGGAGAUCACUUACUUCAGCCUCUGGUACUACAACAAGCAAAAUCAGCGCCGCUGGGUAGAUUUAGAAAAACCUCUCAAGAAGCAGCUGGAUAAAUACGCCUUGGAGCCUACCGUCUAUUUCGGAGUGGUGUUUUAUGUGCCUUCCGUGUCACAGCUGCAGCAGGAGAUUACCAGGUAUCAGUAUUAUCUGCAGCUGAAGAAAGAUAUCUUGGAAGGAAACAUUCCUUGUACAUUGGAGCAAGCAAUUCAGUUAGCAGGCUUAGCUGUUCAAGCUGAUUUUGGUGACUUUGAUCAGUAUGAAUCCCAGGACUUUCUCCAGAAAUUCGCCUUAUUUCCCGUGGGGUGGCUACAAGAUGAAAAAGUACUGGAAGAAGCAACCCAAAAGGUGGCCUUACUGCAUCAGAAAUACAGAGGGCUGCCGGCUCCUGAUGCGGAAAUGCUGUACAUGCAGGAGGUGGAGAGGAUGGAAGGCUACGGGGAGGAGACCUACCCUGCCAAGGAUAGCCAAGGCAGUGACAUAGCCGUGGGAGCGUGUCUUGAAGGCAUCUUCGUGAAACACAAGAACGGAAGGCCGCCCGUGAUGUUUCGGUGGCAUGACAUCGCUAACAUGUCCCACAACAAGUCCUUCUUUGCGUUGGAGCUGGCGAGCAAAGAGGAGACCGUCCAGUUUCAGACUGAAGACAUGGAAACGGCGAAGUACGUGUGGAGACUGUGCGUCGCGAGGCACCGGUUUUACAGACUGAACCAGUGCAGCCUGCAAACGCAGACCGUCACAGUGAACCUGAUUAGGAGGAGGUCUUCUUCAAGGAUGUCUCUGCCUAAACCUCAGCCCUACGCGAUGCCUCCGCCACCCCAGCUGCAUUAUAACGGGCACUACACGGAGCCAUACACGUCUUCUCAAGAUAACCUCUUCGUGACCAACCAGAACGGUUACUAUUGUCACUCUCAGACGAGCCUGGACCGAGCCCAGAUGGACCUCAACGGCCGCAUCCGGAACGGCAGCGUCUACAGCGCGCACAGCACCAACUCCCUGAACGGCCCGCAGCCCUACCUGCAGCCCUCGCCCAUGUCCUCGAACCCCAGCAUCACGGGCAGCGACGUCGUGAGACCCGACUACGUCCCGUCCCAUCGGCACAGCGCGCUGAUCCCCCCUUCCUACCGCCCGACCCCGGACUACGAGACGGUGAUGAAGCAGCUCAACAGGGGGCUGGUGCACGCGGAGAGGCAGAGCCACUCGCUGAGAAACCUCAGCAUCGGCAGCUCCUACGCCUACAGCAGGCCCGACGCUCUGGUGUACAGCCAGCCCGAGAUCCGGGAGCAUGCCCACUUUGCCUCGCCCCAGUCGGCCCACUGCCCCUUCAGUCUGAAUUACAGCUUCCACAGCCAGUCCCCCUACCCCUACCCCACGGAGAGGCGGCCUGUGGUGGGCGCCGUCAGCGUGCCCGAGCUGACCAACGUGCAGCUCCAGGCCCAGGAGUACCCGGCGCCGAACAUCAUGAAGACCCAGGUGUACCGCCCGCCCCCGCCCUACCCGUACCCGAGGCCCGCCAACAGCACCCCGGACCUGUCCCGCCACCUCUACAUCAGCAGCAGCAACCCGGACCUCAUCACCAGGCGCGUCCACCACUCCGUCCAGACGUUCCAGGAGGACAGCCUGCCGGUGGCUCACUCCCUGCAGGAGGUCAGCGAGCCGCUCACCGCGGCCCGGCACGCUCACCUGCAGAAGAGGAACAGCAUCGAGAUCGCGGGGCUGACUCACGGCUUCGAGGGCCUGAGGCUCAAGGAGAGGACCAUGUCGGCCUCGGCCGCGGACGUGGCCCCGCGGGCCAGCUCCGCAGGCUCCCAGCCAAAUGUUUUCACAGAAAGAACCAAGCGAGGAGAGGCGGCCGAGCAGGAAGGCCUGAGAUACGGCCACAACAAGUCUCUUUCAGAGGCCACCAUGCUGAUACACAGCAGCGAGGAGGAGGAGGAGGAGGAGGACUUCGAGGAGGAACAGGGAGCGCAGGCUGUGCUCCCCCCACGGGCGCGGGAGCCCCGGGGCAGCUACUCCCAGGAGCCGCAGGCGGGCUACUCCUGCGCCUCGGUCACGCCGGGCGCGGGCCCUCUGCACAUUCUCGAGCCCAAGGCCCAGGUCACAGAGGCCGAGAGGAGGGCGAGGGAGGGCAGCCCCGUGCACGGGCUGGCGGAGGCCCAGCGGCCCCGGAGAGACGGGCUGCUCACCCCCUCCAUGUCGGAGUCUGACCUCACCACGUCGGGGCGGUACCGGGCCAGGAGGGAUUCUCUGAAGAAGAGGCCAGUGUCCGACCUCCUCUCGGGAAAGAAGACCAUUGUGGAAGGACUGCCGCCGUUGGGGGGAAUGAAAAAGAGCCGAGUAGAUGCAAAAAAAAUGGGUCCUCUCAAACUGGCUGCCCUGAACGGCCUCUCCCUGUCUCGCCUGCCUCUGCCUGACGAAGGGAAGGAAGCGUGUGCCAGAGCCACCAAUGACGAGAGGUGUAAAAUUCUGGAGCAGCGGUUAGAACAGGGGAUGGUGUUCACAGAGUACGAGAGAAUCCUUAAAAAACGGCUGGUGAACGGCGAGUGCUCCACGGCACGGCUCCCCGAAAACGCCGAAAGAAACCGAUUCCAAGAUGUGCUCCCCUAUGACGACGCCAGAGUGGAGCUGGUCCCGACCAAAGAAAACAACACUGGUUACAUCAACGCCUCGCACAUUAAGGUCUCAGUCAGCGGGAUUGAGUGGGACUACAUCGCCACCCAGGGGCCCUUGCAGAACACCUGUCAGGACUUCUGGCAGAUGGUGUGGGAACAGGGAAUUGCCAUCAUCGCCAUGGUGACGGCGGAAGAGGAGGGAGGACGGGAGAAGAGCUUCAGGUACUGGCCGCGGCUGGGCUCCAGGCACAACACCGUCACCUACGGGAGGUUCAAGAUCACCACCCGCUUCCGCACCGACUCCGGCUGCUACGCCACCACGGGCCUGAAGAUGAAGCACCUGCUCACGGGCCAGGAGAGGACGGUCUGGCACCUCCAGUACACGGACUGGCCGGAGCACGGCUGCCCGGGUGACCUCAAGGGGUUUUUAUCGUACCUGGAAGAGAUCCAGUCCGUCCGCCGCCACACAAACAGCACGAGCGAACCCAAGAGCCCCAACCCCCCGCUGCUGGUGCACUGCAGUGCGGGCGUGGGCCGGACCGGCGUGGUCAUCCUGUCGGAGAUCAUGAUCGCCUGUCUGGAGCACAACGAGGUGCUAGACAUCCCGCGGGUGCUGGACAUGCUGAGGCAGCAGAGGAUGAUGCUGGUGCAGACCCUGGUCCAGUACACGUUCGUGUACAGAGUUCUCAUCCAGUUUCUGAAAAGCUCCAGGCUCAUAUGAGCUCUCACGGCUUCCGAAGGGGACCCGACCAUGCGAAGCGUUUACAGUAGGAAAAGGGCUCAGUGCCCCGCUCACACUCCCCGCUCGACGCGCCCACGCAGAGCGCUUGCUGCGUGGGGAACAGGUGCAGUGUGAAUGCGGUGCGCUGAGGAGUGUGCGGAGCGCGGGCCGCAGGACGCUCCACCUGGGGCUCCACCUGGGAAGACGCAGAGGCAGG